GACAAUUCAUUUCUUGUUUGUCAUUCUGUCGGUUUCUUCGGCAUCCUCGGAACGCGAAUUUGUUGUAAACUUACUUUCCGCUACAAUAAUCGUACACAUUUCGUCUCACCAUGGAAACUUUGAUGGGAAUUCGUGGCCCGGACUUUGUGAUGCUGGCCGCGGACUGCACUCACGCCCAUUCCAUCAUGGUGCUAAAGGAUGAUGAGGACAAGAUCCUGAAGGUGUCGGACAAUCUGAUGCUCGCUACCAUGGGCGAAGCCGGCGACCGUGUGCAGUUCACCGAGUACAUUAGCAAAAACAUUCUCCUCUACCGAAUGCGCAACGGGUACGAGCUGGGCCCGAAAGCGGCGGCACACUUCACCCGCCGCAAUCUGGCCGACUAUCUGCGCUCCCGCACGCCGUACCAUGUGAAUCUGCUGGUCGGCGGGUAUGAUGAGGUGGAUGGUCCGCAGCUGCACUACAUCGACUAUCUGGCCAACUCGCUGCCGGUGAAGCAUGGCGCCCACGGGUACGGCGGCAUGUUCGUGAACAGCAUCUUCGACCGGUACCAUCACGACAAGAUCACACAGAAGGAGGCGUACGAAAUUUUCCGCAAGGGCGUGACGGAGAUCCACAAGCGGUUGAUCCUGAAUCUGCCCAACUUCAAGGUGGCCGUGAUAGAUAAGGACGGGGUGAAGUAUCUGGACGACAUUACGCCGGAUUCGCUGAAGCAGGCGUCCGCCGCCUAGGCGUAAUGUAACGUAGAAUCUAGCGUCUAGCGUUCAUUUAUUGGGGAAAGGAUUUUUUUGUCAUGCGUUCGGAAUAAACCCGAUCAAUGUAAAACUUUA